UCAGCCUCAUAGCCCACCCAGCUCGCCACACAACGCACCCCUCGUUGCCUCAUCACCCGCAGCAUCCAAAUCAAGCUGUGCUGCAUGAACAUUCAACGUGUUCUCCUCCUUCUUGCCUCUAUGUAUCUGGCCAAUCCUGUCUUGACUCUUCUGGUAGAUUGACCGCUAGACUAUGGCUCUCCUCGCCUUCCUUACUCCCACCGGCUCGAACUUCUAGGAGAGAACGCUAGCCAUGUCUGGCCGCAAGCUCGGCGGCGGCCGGGUCCUAGGCAGCGGAAAGGGCCUCGUUCCACCGCAGACCGCGGCAUCUGCGCACGCUGUGCAGAGAGCGAUGAGUUCGUAUGCGCCCUCGGAUAGCACCCUCUCCCUCGGCGGAGUGUCCGGGACGUCAGCAUCGCCGCAGCCGUCGAGUCCGGUGUUGAUGGGAGGGCUGGUGCAGGAUCAGGAUCUCGCUUCGAAUGUUAGUUUGGGUAGAGGAGGGCCGAGUAAGGGAGGUGCGGGGGAUGCGAAGCUGGUUUGUCCGAUUUGCGAGGAGGAGAUGUUGACAUUGCUCCAACUCAAUCGUCACAUCGACGACAACCAUCAAGAGUUGCCUGAUUUCCAACAAGACGAAGUCAAGACCUGGUUCGACAAGCAAGUCCUCAAAGCGAAACGCUUCCAGCCCCUUUCGCUUAUCAACCAGAAACUAAAAGGCCUCGAGGUGUUCGAAUCCAACGAGACACCGCUCCCGCCUGUACCCGUUAAUACAGCCUCGAAAGCUACCGCUUUCCCCGAUUUACCAGUCGAUCCCGAUGACUUGAUCACACAUUCACAUUGGCAGCGCCAGGGGCCAAACGACCGGUGUACAGAGCCUGCAUGCGGCCGCGGGCUUGGGGUCGUCAAUGGGAGCAUAAACUGCAGGAAAUGCGGGAGGUUAUUCUGCGAGGAACACACAAUGUACCAGAUGAAGCUAUCUCGGUCAGCAGCCCACGAACCGGUGAGGGGGUACUGGGUUCGGGUGUGCGAGACGUGCUAUAAAAGCAGGGAAGGAUACAAUGACCACAAUGGACACGAACGGGACCACACAGCCGCAUUCACGGCGAUGAGAAGGAAGAGGGUCGAAAGGCAGACAUUAGAAAUUUCGAGGCUGGAGAAGAGAUUAACAAAGCUUACGCAACUAUUGGCAGAUCCGCCGCCUGAUGUGGUCGUCAAUGGCAGCGGCGGAGGAGCAGGGAGCCUGUUGUCACUGGCAGGACAGAACUUCAAGAAUCAGCGCAAGGCUAUCGAGCAAAGCGUAGUGACAUGGGAGGAUGAUGCCGCCGUGGCUAAAUGCCCAUUCUGUCACCAAGACUUCGGCUCGUGGACGUUCAGGAGACACCAUUGCCGGAUAUGCGGACGGGUGGUUUGUGCCGAUCCACAGACUGGAUGCUCAUCUGAAGUUGGGCUCAAUAUUGCGAAUCCCACGGCGGCAACAGCAAUACCCUCAUCAGAGAAGCCGGGCGAUGUAAGCAGGGAUUCCAUCAGCGUCGACAUUCGAAUGUGUCGAGAUUGCAAAUUCACCAUUUUCGCCAAACGUGACUUUAUGGAGAGCAUAGUGCACAAACCGCCGGAUCAGAGGGCCUACGAAACAUUGCGUCAAUUCCAGCGCGGCAUCACACAACUAUUACCCAGUUUCCAACGGGCUUUACUGCCAUUGCAGGACGAGGACGCACCGCCCAGCCAUGCGCAAAUUCAAGAGGCAUCCAAGCUGCGGAAGAGACUGACGGACAGUUUCACGAAAUACGACAUUGCUGCCAAACGCAUACGCGACAUGAAAACCACAAACCCAGCACAGCAGAAACUGCAAAAGGCUAUCUACCAAGCCGCCAGCUCUUUCCUGCACAUGCACAUGCUUCCGCUGAAGAACCUACCGCAUAUGCUCAAAAAGCACCCCUCAAGCUCCUCCGCAUCCGGCUCCCGGCGGUUGUUCCUCCCUAACGGCCACCCUGGUGCCAGCCCCUUGCGGCAAAAUAGCGACUUGGAAACAAUGAGCACAGCCAGCGAGACAAGCACGGUUGUGUCGGCGCUCGAGACGGAGGAGAAGGAUUUGAGAGAAAGGUUAGUUGUGCUCGAGGAGCAGAAACACAUGGUCCAGGCUAUGAUUGCCUCCUCACAGGGGCAGAAGAGGUUUGAGGAGGUGGGCGCGUUGACGAGGAAUGUGGAGGAGUUGAAUGGGGAGAUUGAAAGGAUUAGGAGGGAGGUUGUGGGAGUUGAGGAGAGGUGGGAAGGGCUGUAUGCUAAUGGAGGGGCGGGGGUUUUGUGAGUUGUGAGUUGGAAGGAGAAAAUAAAUAAAGAACAUUGAAAUGAAGGACGGGAAACAGAUUCCAAGAGAUUGAAGAUUGGUGAAGCAGUUGCAUUGCCAGGCGUUAGGGAUAGGGGGCGUUCAAUGUUAGUGUCUACCGGCGUCAUGCUAUGUUAAGACGGAAGGCCUGCGUACAGGUGACGACUAUGGAGUACCGCAAUUACAUGUAGAGCUCGACAGAGAUGAGAAUUAUAGCUCGAUUAUUUGAUUCGAAGCAUGAAAGCCUG